GAAUUCGAAAGCGUCUUUUGUUACUCCAGUAUCACCUGAACAACUUAUUAUUACUAUUUUGGAACGUUCUGGUAGCAAUAAGAAAUUUAUUACAACUGUUAUUUGCUGUUGUUACAGAGGACGGAUUUCGAGAGGAAUAGCCUAUUAAUAUUUACUUGAUCAAUAUAUUGUUACAUUUUACAAUAUGGACGUUUUUGGCCAAAAUAAGUCACAUAUGAACACCACCACUCCGACUGAAAACUGGACAUCUAUAUACUCUAUAGUUCGAUGGAUUCAAAUAACAAUGGCUGUCCUAAGCAUUUUAGGUGCUGGCUCCAUAAUCUUAUGUGCCUGUUUAAAAGGGCUAGUAAGAAAACCAGAGGUGCUGCCGUUAUUCUUGUUAAGUGUAACAGACCUGCUGUUAGCUUUGAGUUGGAUGUGUGGAGGUCUUCUCUUCACCCAGUCCUGUAAAUCUUACGCCACCUGCUACAACCUCCACAUAGUGGAACAGACGCUUUACAUGGCCUCGUUCUUCUACACGCUGCACUAUGUUUGGGUGCUCUACACCGGACUAUUGGGGAAGUACAAGGGACUCAACGGUUUCCCAGCCGAGAAUCCAGCAAACACAAGAAGCUGCAGAUGUCUUGGUCCUGUGCUGUCAUGUCUUUUGCCUUUAAUGCUCACAGCGCCUGUGUUUGUAGCAGGAAAUGUGUUUCAGUGUUACACAAACUUCACCCAGCCCUACAGAUGUUUGCUGAUGCAUACAGGGGCUGUGUAUCUCACCUCAUCUGUAAAUACAGAGAUGACAGCAUGUAGUGUCAUUCAAGACUACUGCAUGGCCAUUUUCCUGACUACGUUCUUCGUCACCUUCUUUGGCAUCACGACUCUCAUGUGUAAAGCUCGCUCUCUGUACAAGCGUGUCAUCACGUCUCAAGGUUUCUUUGGUGACAAUCAGUGGGAAACCCUGCGUCUUCUGGAACGGCGAAUGCUGCUUUAUCCCUCAGCCUUCUUCUUCUGCUGGGGACCAGCAAUAUUUCUGGCCACUAUGAUGCUGGUGAAACCGGACAUAAUCGAGGGAAGGAUGGGAGUCAUUCUCUACAUCCUACAGGCCUUCACCUCUGCUUCUCAGGGUCUGUUAAACUGCCUGGUUUAUGGCUGGACACAGCAGCACUUUCGCUCUCUCAGCGGCAGCAGCACCCUACGGGACGCCAAUACCCAGACUCCCCUGCUGCGCUCCCAGAAACGAGAUUACGCUGCUUUGAAAUCUGCUGCAUCACUCACCAAUUUUGUCUGACAGAGAGAUGUGCAAGAAUCUCUGUAAUGCAUUGAGAAGAUGCGACUGAGGAAUCGAACCCAUGCCUUGGCUGUUGCGAGCGUCGUGCUCUACUCAUCGAGCUACGGGAGCCAAUACGGCACACACUGCUGUGUCAGAAAAACUGAAGACUGAAACGAGCAAAAUGAAAGCAAACACAGCAGAAGCCAUUUGUUUUGAUGUGGUAUUACCAACACCAGAUGGCAGAAAAGGAAGCUAGGCUAAAAAGGGAGCUGAACAUUCGUUCUUCUAUCUUGGUUUUGUUUUGAGAUUACAGAUGCUGCACCUGCUGCUAGUUUAGCUGAGAAACCCACUUCAGGAAACCCACUUCACCUAGCCUCUAUAAUUCUUGCUUUUGCAAUGACAGGAUUGAGACUUUCAGGUCAAGAUGCACUGCUAAACUGUCAAAAAGGGAAAGACCGAAGGGAGAUUACGGUCAGAGGGAAAUAGCUCUGAAACAGGAUCUGAGAGGACAAUGCUGCUGCUGCUUUCCAUCCACAAAACAUGCGCUGAAGCCACCCACACAUAGCGGGUAUCUAUUACUGCUAAAGGAGCGUGAAAUAACAAUUUUUCUCUUAAUAAACAAUACAGCUGUGAGCAGGGACAGACUGGGAGUAAAAAACGGCACUGAAUUUUCUCCCAAAUAGCCCCACCACAACUACAAACAGUCGCUACUAUCUCACAAUAUUAUUAUAAUAUGAAUGAAUGGAAUAAUCAUGCCAGACCUUGCGGAGUGAUAUAUAGCAGUGGACGCUCGGUCUGGGAUUGUCCUGGGAUUUUACUACAGUGAUGUGUAUAGUGAGAGAGGCAGGCAAAGGUAACCUGAUGUAACGGUUUGCUUUUUUUCCUUUUAGCUUCUCCCUACUGCCUUUAUCUUCACGUCUUUUAUUUGCCAUCAUGAGCCCAGACUGUCUUUCACGCAGGAUUGCCAAGUUUUCACAACAAAACCCGCCCAGUUGCUACUCAAAACCAUAGACUGUAAUUUUUAGGCUUGCGUGGUUCACACAAAAAUUCAUAUUUUGUCAUCAGUUACUCUCCCUCAUUUCAAACCCAUAAAACUUUGAUAUUUUUAACGAAACUUGAUUGAUUUCUGUCCUUCCAUCAACAUGAAAGUAAUCCAGUCAUCUAAACUUUCAUAAGAGAGCAAUUACCAGAACAAACCUCUAUGAAUUUGAGUCAUCAAAGUUUCAGUUGUGAGAACUUUCAGUGGAAGAACAGAAAUCUCUUAGGAUCCAUUAAAAAAUAUCUUCAUAGAUGUUUCAAAGACAAACAAAAGUCUUGUGGGUUUAGGGUGACAUGAGGGUGAGUUUUCAUAUUUGGGCGAACCAUUUAAAAUAUUGGUUGGUAACAUUUUAUGAUUUGUAAAAUAUGUUUUUGAAUAGAAACUGGAGUGCAAUCCAUGUUAUGUUUUAAACUCUUUGUUCUGUAAUUACAAACAGCUGGAAAAGUCAUAAAUGACAUGUUGCACUGUUUUCCUCUUUUACUUUGGCUUGCAUUUGUCCCAUGACAGAAUGACUUUAAUGACUUUAAGAUUUGCUUUCAUUUCCGUGCAUUUUAUUGCAUUUCAUGUGUGCGUGUACAUAGUUUUUACACAUUAAAAGUUGUUGAAAAUGUAUAAAAUAUUUUAUUAAAACUUCAUUAGGUGUUGA